GUUCAAUUUAAUAUGCAUAUUGCUGUAUUUUUAUGUACAAUUGUGCGGCAUAAGUUGUAUGCAUAUCCGUAGGUUAAAAAUUAGACGUAAAAUGUAACAAGAGGACAUGGAGCCGUUAAUUUAAACAGUACAGGAACGAUUUUCUCUUGAAGAUAUUAAUGAAAUAAUUCAUUCGGUGAGACUGCAAAUACAUUUUUGCAUUACUGUAAUUAUUAGUUUUUAAAAACUUAACGUAGCGUUCAUAACGGCCGCUGUUUCCAACGUCCGUUGGCUUUCAAUGCUAACCGAACGUUAACUUUCCGGAAUAGCAAGUGGGAAUUGACAGUUAAUCAGAAUAGUUGUUUAAUGAAUUAAUUUCGAUAGAAAUUGGCAGUCAACGGUCGGUUAGAAUUAACGGACGUUGGAAAUAGCGGCCCUAAAUAAAAUGCGAGAAACGCCUCGUCAUUUCAUCUCGAUCGAUCGUCGUAGCCGAGUGUGCCCUGGUGUGCCCGAUGCGGACCGCGCGAGCCUAAACAGCCCGAUUGAAUAUUGGCUUGGGUGAUGUACGGCUCGAAAAGCCGAGUGUCGCCAAGCUUUUUGAAAUGCGUGUGAACGCGCUGCGCACGGCUGCGGAUUUGUUCGUUAAAUUUUAAUCGCGCGUAACCUAAACAAAACGGAGAUUUAUUCGCCGGCCUGUUUAUAACCUUCCAAAAUGUCCGACGACGAGGACUUGGUCUACGUCAAGAAGCAGAAAACUGUGCACUAUGGCUCGCUGGAGGAGGCGGAACGUGCGCGACUCGCGGCUGCCGGCGAGUCUGCGGACGAGGAAAAGGAUGCCGCGGGCGCGAACGACGCCUCCAACGUUUCCGCCACCGGGGCGAAUGUACACAUCUCGAACGAGUACAUGGAGCUCGAGGACGAGAUGUCCAAGGACCGGCAGGCGCUGUUGGAAGAAUUUGAACGUAGGAAGAAGGCCAGGCAGAUUAACGUUUCGACAGACGACUCCGAGGUGAAGAAGCUCCUGAGGCAGUUGGGCGAGCCGAUUUGUCUAUUUGGGGAGGGCCCAGCGGAUCGGAGGACCAGAUUAAGAGAAUUGUUAGCCAGCGUGGGGGAGGACGCGAUUAAAAAGAAGCACGAGGAGGAAGAUAAACCGUCGCACCCACUCGAGAAGGAUACGGAGUCAACUUGGUACCACGAGGGCCCGGAUUCUCUGCAAAUUGCACGAUCGUGGAUAGCGUCGUAUUCGUUGCCCAGAGCAAAGGCACGGCUGGAUAAGGCAAGGCAAGAUCUGCUAUUACCAGCUGCAACUCGUACAGCGAAAAGACAAGAGCUCUUGAAGAAGUUGCAAGCAUUGAGCAUUUAUUGCUCUCAAAUCGGCGACAGGAGACCCAUUUCCUUUUGCCAGUUCAGCCCUAAUUCCAAAAUUCUUGCUACAGCUUCAUGGUCGGGCUUAUGCAAGCUAUGGUCUGUACCCGACUGUACUUUGUUGCGCACUUUACAAGGACACAAUUGUAAUGUUGGCUGUAUUGUUUUUCACCCAAAAGCUACAAUAACCGAAGAUGUGGUCGGUGAUAAUGCAGGACAGACUUGCGUACUGGCGUCUUGCGCAGCAGAUGGUACUGUGAAACUGUGGAGCGGCGGCAACGGCGAAGAACCAUUAGCCGAGGUGGAGGGACAUGAACCUCACAGAGUCUCCAGGAUAGCUUUCCACCCAUCUGGACGAUUUCUCGGCACAUGUUGCUACGAUGCAUCUUGGCGAUUAUGGGAUUUGGAGCAACAAGCGGAAGUACUUCACCAAGAGGGCCAUGCAAGAGCAGUACACUGUAUUAGCUUUCAAUGCGACGGAAGCGUUUGCACUACGGGCGGUCACGAUUCUUUCGGCAGAGUAUGGGACUUGCGUACCGGCAGGUGCAUAAUGUUCAUGGAGGGUCAUCUAAUGUCCAUUUUCGGCAUCGAUUUCUCGCCAAAUGGUUUCCACAUAGCGACGGCGAGCGAGGAUAACACUUGCAAGAUAUGGGACUUGCGAAAGAGGACUUGCAUAUACACGAUACCAUCUCACACCAAUUUGCUAUCCGACGUCAAGUAUCAGAGAACAGAAGGACAAUACUUGGUUACCGCAUCUUACGAUAACACAGCCAAAAUUUGGUCCAACAAGACCUGGCAACCUCUAAAGAUGCUACCAGGCCACGAUGGAAAAGUCAUGUCUGUCGACGUGUCACCUGAUCAUAGGUUUAUUGCAACCAGCUCGUACGACAGAACUUUUAAGUUAUGGGCCCCGGAAUGAAAUACCUGACAGAACAUUCCCUUCUAACUUUAACAAUUUCUAUGCUAGAAAUACUAUAAAAUUCUAGAUAAAUAUCGUCUUCUUAACUCAUCUUAAAGUGAGUUAAAGUGAGACAAAAAAAAUCAUCUUAACAUCUUUUUAUGUAAUAUCGCAUAAACACAAAAUGUUUAUAGGAAUACGUCUAAUUUGUUCAUCAGGCGUAUUAUAAUUUUAUGGAAUGUAAAUUAUUCUAAUAAUUUCAUAUUGUAAUCAUGUAAUUUUGUACAUGCCAAGUUUUUAUAAAUAUUAAUAUCUCUGAAAAUAAUGUUUUUUUUUUCAGUAUUGAAAAUGUAUCUUUUGUUCUCUGAAUAUAUUGCAUAUUUGAUUGCA